AUGGCAGAAAAGGACCUCCAACAACCUAUGGCAACACAGCUCGUGGCGCCUAACGAGGAGGCGCGACAUGCUGCUGAUGAUGAGAAAUCCAUGACCCUCAUCCAAGCGAUCAAGCUUUAUCCAAAAGCGGUCGGCUGGUCAGUCGUCCUCUCGAGUGCUCUGAUCAUGGAAGGGUAUGAUCUUGCGUUGUUGGGAAGUUUGUACGGCAGUCCUCAGUUCAAUCGCAAGUACGGAGUGUUCAACGCUGCUACUGGCAAGUACAGUGUUCAGGCGAGUUGGCAGAGUGCUCUAUCGAACGGAGCACGAGCCGGUGAAGUGAUCGGCCUGUUCAUCAACGGGUUCGUCAGUGAGCGUUAUGGUUAUCGGAAGACCAUGAUUGGUGCUCUGAUGUCAAUGACUGCCUUCAUUUUCAUCCUUUUCUUUGCACCCAACGUUCAAACACUGGUCAUUGGCGAGGUUUUCUGCGGGAUACCCUGGGGCAUGUUCCAGACUCUCACAACGCAGUACGCAUCGGAAGUCGCGCCUGUACGCCUGAGGCCGAUCCUGACCACAUUCGUCAACAUGUGCUGGGUAAUGGGACAAUUCAUUGCUGCGGGUGUGAAUCGCGGCUGCGUUCAACGUCCGGAUCAAUGGGCUUAUCGUAUUCCCUUCGCUAUACAGUGGGUCUGGCCCAUACCAAUCAUGGUCGGUGUCUUCCUCGCACCUGAAAGUCCUUGGUGGCAUGUUCGAAAAGGAGACAAAGCAGGUGCUAAAGCUGCAUUGCUUCGUCUGACUUCGCCGGACAAGGACCCAAAUUUCAACGCCGAUGAGACAAUCGCCAUGAUUGAACAUACCAACGAAAUGGAAAAGAACAUGUCUGAAGGAACACGAUGGACGGACUUGUUCAAGGGGACAGAUCUCCGACGGACCGAAAUCGUAUGCUUUACCUGGAUCGCUCAAACGAUUUGCGGGACCAAUAUCAUGGGCUACUUCGCGUAUUUCAUGCAGAAAGCAGGUCUCCCAACGGUGCAAUCGUUCAACAUGUCAAUGAUCUCGCUAGCCCUUGGCCUAAUCGGUACCGCUGGCUCUUGGUGGUUGAUGCAGAAGUUUGGCCGGCGAACGAUCCAUUUCUCGGGUGGUUGCACACUGUUUGUCAUCCUUAUCAUCGUCGGAUCAUGCUCUUUCGCUGGCACGCAAGCGUCUAAUUGGGCCAUCGGAGCGGUUCUGAUUCUUUUCGUCUUCGUGUACGACUUCACGAUCGGUCCAGUAACCUACUCAAUUGUUUCGGAGAUGUCAUCCACGAGAUUGAAAGCGAAGACUAUCGUUCUCGCCCGCGCACUCUACAACAUCUCGAACAUUGUCGUCAACGUUUUGACGAAUUAUCAGCUCGGCGAUGCCAAUUGGGCUUGGGGUGCGAAAACGGCAUUCUUCUGGGCUGGUACCUGUGGUUGCGUUGUGGUAUGGGUGUAUUUUAGACUGCCAGAACCGAAAGGCCGGACGUACGGUGAGCUCGACAUGUUGUUUGAGCAGCGAGUCAGUGCCAGGAAGUUUGCUAGCACUCAAGUUGAUCCGUACGGGCAUGCACGCGUUGCUGAUGAGAAGGCGCGUAGACAAACGAACUUGAUGCAAAAUAUCCCUGUCAAAGCGCGAAAAGUCAUUCCGAAGGCUUGUGACGCGUGCCGCCGCCGCAAGACCAAAUGUAACGGCUCGCAACCUUGCGCAGGAUGUCUAUCAGCAAACCUAGCAUGUACAUUCGAUGCACCACGAGGCCAAGGAGGCAACAGGGGUCCAAGAGCUACCGUACUCAAUGAGUUGAGGUCAAUCUCGCAGAACAACUUCGAAGAUCCGCAGGAUGCUUCAUCGUCGUCGGCUAUAACGGCCACAGCAACGCCUGUAGAAUUUACGCAAAGCGUUUUCGGAGAGUUCAUCGGCGUCUACGAGAACCGUAUAUAUCGACUGGUAUCUCUUCUACCUGUCGAUGUAUUGCGAGAUGAAGCUACAAGAAUGCAAGUUUCGCCAAUAUCUUGUCAGCUCAUCUUUGCCUUCUGUGCAUAUAUCGCGAAUUUUGGCGAUACGGACGAUGCCAGCUGGGGGCCUACUCAGUCUUCACUGGUGAACUCGAAAACUUACUACUUAGAUCAUGCUUUGCUUUCUCUGGACCGAGCCAGGGUCACACAGCCUGACCCUCGAUCCGUUUACAUAUCCUUCUUCUUAUACGGAGCUUACGCUGGCCAAGGAAACUACCGUCAAGCAUGGUUCUAUCUGAGAGAAGCAACGACCCUAUUCAUGAUGUUGAAGGACGAGGAUCAAGACUGGUUCGACAAGAAGACACGGAAACGAUUGUUCUGGAUCUUAGUGGUCUCCGAGAGAGCACAUGGUGUCCGUAGAAAUCGGCCAAUCACUCUACCAGUCACGCCCUCCACCUACCCACUCGACGACCCACUCGACGCAUAUGAAGAGCUCGGAUUACGCUACCUCACAUCAGUCUUUCGGCCCCUUAGUGAUAUCUUCUUCGCAGUGUGGAAUGGAUCUACUGAAGAUUGUAGUAAAGAGUGGUUGCUGAAACUCGAACGUGAUGUUCGUACUGCGUUGCCUGUGGUACUCGAGAUCUCGAACGAAGAGACCGCGAAUAUCCGUAUAUCGCAAUUCUGGUUACAGAUCAAGUUGUGGGAACUUUUUCCUCGCUUUGGUUAUCUCUCUACAGAUUCUGUCCAUGACUGUCUGACGUUUAGGUACCCUAUCCUGGUGGCCAGGGACUUGACCAUCCUUUCAAUGAAGCUGCCUAUCCAGAGUCUACAGAUUCACGGGGUCGGCAUGACUGAGAAAAUAUUCGACAUCGCCUGCGCCCUAGCGGAUGUCCUACCUUUUGUGUCCUUUCCAGCGUCGCAAGUGGAACUUAGUCCCCCUGAUUACUUGACACAGUUGAUGCUGCUCUUGGCAAAGCUGCCAGGUGGCUCCUCGAAGUUUAUACCUCUGCUACUGGCCAAGGUCAACGAAUUACUUCCUGACUUGAUGAGACAUAUGUGUGAAGCGAUUCAAAUGCCCAUCCAUAUGAUCAACGACCCUAUGAGCCCAGACACGCGAUUCGUUUAUGAAGAGGAGGUUGGUAGAGGUCUUCACGCAGAUUUGAGGAGAAUGGCAUAG